UUUAUUGCACACCCACCCGAUAAUUAUAUAUUCUGUGAUAUGGAUUUUAAAUGUUUCAUAAGUUGAUCAUCAUUUUAAGAUUUUGUAAGUCAAAUGUUUUGUAAAGGGCACUGAACAAAUGUUAAUAAUACUAAUAUAUCCCUCCCCAUGUGCAGAAAAUGAAAGGUUAGCAUUAGAGGAAGAAAAAGCACAGCUUCAAAGGGAACUAGAGAAAGUAAAAGAAGAAACAGAAAAAGAAUUCAGGAAAGUGCAAGAUAAAUUCGCAAAAGCCGAGCAUGAACUAGAGUUCAGGAGGGCAUUGUCCUGUGCAGUCGAUAUCACUCUGGAUCCGAAAUGCACACAUGCCAAACUCAUCAUCAAAGAGAAGAAUAAAGUCAAAUAUAAUCAUUCCCCCUUAGAACAACCAAAAGAUCCUAAAGGACCUCUGAUUGCAGUGGCAAAUGAGGGGUAUAGUAAGGGGGAGAUGUACUGGGAGGUGGAGGUUGGAUACAAAUGUGAGUGGGAGCUGGGAGUACUUACUAUAACUGCAAGAAAAAGGCUAGAAGAGGAGAAGUUGGAAAAGCCACUAGAGGAGGGAUAUAUUGGUAUACGAUGGUUCCAGGGUAAGUUUCAUUGCACUGGAGGAAACAGCCUAAUUGAUGGCCAGAAUGAAGAAUGUGAAAUUGUAGGUGUUUUUCUGGACAUGAAUGAGCAAGUGCUGUCAUUUUAUAAUGUCCAGAAGAUGUGCCCUAUUCGGUCAAUCCCUUAUCUAUUCUCUGAGGAAAUGUAUCCUUUCUUCAAUCCUGGGAGUGAUGAUAGGUUCUUGGAAGUCCGAUCAGUAAGCAUCCCUAAAUGUUUAAUAUCCCUGUGAAAUAAAGUACUUCCGAUGUUUUCUACAUGUCACUGAGCCUUGUGUAAGAACUAGUUUACACCUGCUGCUUUGUUUUUGAUUAUUAUUUUUUUUAUACCUAAUGACUCGCAGUUAAUGUAAAUGCUCGAUUAGGAAGCCUAACUUUUGAAGUGAGGUGCUCUGCCUGUGUUUGCAAGUCAUCAUUGUUAGAUGUUGUUUCCAUCAGAUGAUAAUCAUAUAUUAUUGAACCAGCCUAAAGUGAUUGAUGGAGGGAGUGCUAUCCUGGAAACAGAAACCAAAGGGCAGGUAUCUGUUGCAGGUAUUACUAGAUCUAGUUCAGAAGAAGACAGAUUCAUUC